AUGCGUCUUCUACACUUGCUUGUUGCUGUUCUGCCGCUGGCCUAUGCGCUCCCAGCUGAAUCAUCCGACUAUGACAGUAUUCUGAAAGAUGCGGCUGGUAACACUGUCCGUGUACCUAGAUACAAGUGUACCCGCCCUGAGGGAUUGAGUGAAAUUCAAUCUAUUAAAUUGAGCCCAUUGAUUCGUUACUGUUAUCUGUACAGCGAUGCGGAAUGUACAAAUGGAAAGAUUGUCGAAGUUGUGCGAGAGAGUACCGAUCAAGUGAAGCGCCCGGAGGCGGGCUCAAUCAGCUGCAGGGUCGCACCCAAGUCCAAGCCUGGCAAAAGUUUCAAGAACCUCAAGGGCAAGGGCAGGAGCUAG